UUUAGUUUUUCAUUUUCAUAAACAUUUUGAUUUAUUUAUUUUUCUGGCAAAAAAAAAAAAGUAAAGAUCUGGUGCAGAAGCAGGCAAGCACGACUCUACUAAACUCUUAUUUUUUCAGCUACUUAACAAAGCUUUAGCCUCUUUUUUUUCCGGAGUUGAGUUCUCUUUCCAGAUCCAACAAUGAAUCUCCAUCACCUCUCCUUCUUCUCCAUCGCUCUCAUCGCUUUCCUCUUCCUCCACCACACCCUCGCAUCUUCUUCUCACUUCGAAGGCUUCGACGCGGAAGACGACGACCUCUCCGAUGACUCCACUGAUCUCCACCACUCUCUCCCUCCCCCUCUCCUCACCCAAUCUCAAUCAACUCCUCCCCCAGAUCCAAAACCAUCCUCCGAACCCGAUUCCAAAUCGGACCCUCCCAAGAAGACCCCCUCCUUCGAUUUCUGGGACGAAGACGAGUUCGAAGGCUUACCAGAAGACGAACCAUCAUCAUCAUCUCCUCCGGUGAUCUCAUCUCCCGUCGAUCAACCAACUCCAGAUCCGGAUCCAGAAAGUCCCGACCUUGACGACACUCCGAUAAAGAAGAAGACGAUAUCGUCAUUCACGGUGGAGAUCGUCUCCGUAUCGAUCUUAAUCGCUUACUUAAUCAACUACUUCACGGGGAAACGCGAGAACGAGAGCCUCGCUCUCUCCUGGGCCACCAAGUUCGGUCUCAAAGACACAAUCUUUGAGAAAAACUUCAGCUUUUUAGGAGUCGGUGAAGGAGAGGACUCUCCUUUGUUGCUUAAAGAAGCGACGAACGUGUUUAAGUUUUAUGCUAGCGGGCGUAGGUUUUGUCAUGGGUUGUUGGCGACGUUGGAGCUUAAGAGUAGGCAUGAUUUGAUCUCGAGGUUGUUUAAUUGUGUGGUGCCUUGUAGAGAUGAGAUUAGUUUCGAGGUUUAUAUGAAUGAGGAGGUGAUGGAUCAUGUUGUGUUUGCGAUGGCGAGGAAGAAGGUUGCGAAAGGGAUGUUUAAGGAGUUGAGGGAUUUGCAGAGGUUUGGUGGGAUGGUGGGGGUGCCUGGUGGGAGGAAGUGGGUGGCGGAGGAGUUGGCUGUGGUGUCUGAGUCUAAGGAGGUUGCUGGUGAUAUGAUUACUGAUGUUGUGCUUGAUCAGGUUUUUGGUGACAAGUCGUUCCAAAAGUUUGGAAAGUACUUCAUUUCAAUGCAUUUUUCGGACCAACUUCCUGGCAAACACAGGAAGAUGCUGCUAUUCAAGUUCGCCCUACCUGAUGCUAAACACAUGGAUGAUAUGGUUCGCUUGGUAGCCCUUAUUCCGUAUUACAUUGACUUAAUUGGACGCUACAAGCUCAGCCCUCAGGCACGGAACAAAACGGAUGGUGCAAGGCAAAAGGCGGCUCAGGAAGCGUACAAGGAACUAGAGAAUGUGAGACAAGAGGCAUUACAGAGAAAGAAAGCCGAGAAGAAGGAAGAGGCAGAGGCAAAGCUUAGCGCUGAAGCUCUAAGGAAGAGAGAGGCUAAAGAACGUGCACGCCAGAUGAAGAAGUCAAUGCCAAAAGUUAAGAUGAGCCGUGGCCACUAAACACACUCAAUGAUAGGGACAUCUCUCUCAAAAGUCACAAUCUCAUGUCUGCCAUUGGAACAGCUAUUUUAUCCCUCUUUUUAGUACUUUCGAUUAGACCUUUCUUUUUACUUCCAUGAACCUUACAGUUUCCCUUAUAGUGACACCGACGCUGGUGCUUUUGAUAAUCCUCAAAGACCUAGUUUCUUGGUUCAUUGAAAGUAAUCUCCUUUA